AACCUAAGACUAACCAAAAUUCUCAUUGAUAAUGGAUUGGGCUUCAAUGAACCCAUUUAUCUUUAGUUUUGGUUAAAAAGGGAAAAACCCAAAAUUCAUUUCAAACGGAUUGGUGGGUUUUGAGUUUAAAAGAUAGAGGCAGUUCCAGUAAACUUGGGAGGGAAACACAAACAAAUCUCUCAAAGCAAAGUCCGAAAAAAAAAAAUCACCCAUUUUUUAGGCAAGCUUUACAUGAUGCUAGUCUGAGUAGGAGCAAUGAGGCUUCUGGGGUUGCCAAUUGUUUGCAAAGCACAUGCUAUACUUCAAAGCAUGAACGUUGCUGAAGUCAUUUCAUCGUUUUCGACAAUUAUAGGUAAAUCUGCUGGAAGAUUACAGUCUUGUGUAGAAUAUUCUUCUUCCACUGCUGCUAAUAAAGACACUGACAGGGAGAUUGGAAAAAUGACAUUGGCGGAGAACUUAGCCUGUCUUGUUGAAGAAUCUUCUUGUGUUAACGAGAGAAAACCCAAGAGUCGAAUGGAGCUCAAGAGGUCUUUUGAACUCCGCAUAAAGAAGAGGGUGAAGGAGCAAUACAUGAAUCAGAAGUUUCAAGACCUAAUGGCCAAAGUGAUUGCCAAUCCAGAAACUCUUCAGGAUGCUUACAAUUGUAUAAGGCUAAACUCAAAUGUAGAUACAUCAUUAGAUUAUGACAGAACCCCAUUUGAAUCCAUUGCUGAAGAGCUUUGUAGUGGGAGUUUUGAUGUCAAUGCCAAUACCUUCUCUAUCUCAACAAAGGGUGCAAGGAAAGAAACCCUUGUCCUCCCCAAUCUAAAGUUGAAAGUUGUUCAGGAAGCCAUCAGAAUAGUUCUAGAAGUUGUUUACAAACCCCACUUUUCUAAGAUUUCUCAUGGUUGUCGAAGUGGGAGGGGACACUCCUCGGCAUUGAAGUACAUCAGCAAAGAGAUCUCUAGAACUGAUUGGUGGUUUACAUUAUGCAUAAAUAAAAAGCUGGAUGCUUGCAUUCUUGCCAAGCUCAAAUCAAUAAUGGAGGACAAGAUAGAAGAUCCCAGCUUGCAUGCUAUCAUUUGGAGCAUGUUUGAUUCCCAGGUACUCAAUUUGGAGUUUGGGGGUUUUCCUAAAGGCCAUGGUCUGCCACAAGAGGGAGUUUUGUCUCCAAUACUAAUAAAUAUAUAUCUUGACCUCUUUGACCGUGAAUUUUACAGAUUGUCAAUGAAAUAUGAAGCUCUAAAUCCAUGUUUUCAUACUGAUCAAGAUGAGUCCUAUUCCAAGCUGCGCAGUUGGUUUAGGAGACAGCUGAAAGGCAAUGAUCUCAACUGCAAAAGUGAAGAGAAUGUUAGUCUACGAGUUCAUUGUUGUCGCUUCAUGGAUGAGAUAUUUUUUGCGGUCUCUGGUUCCAAAGAUGUUGCUCUUGGUUUUAAGUCUGAGAUUCUUAAUUACUUGCAGAAUUCUUUGCACUUGGAUGUUGACAAUGAAACAGAAAUAUUACCAUGUGAGGGACCUCAGGGGAUUCGCUUUCUGGGCUAUUUGGUUAGAAGAAGAGUUAGAGAAAGUCCUGCUGUAAAAGCCAUUCACAAGUUAAAGGAAAAGGUUGAAUUAUUUUCUUUACAAAAAGAAGAGGCGUGGAAUGCCGGGACUGUUAGGAUUGGUAAGAAAUGGCUAGGUCAUGGUUUGAAGAAGGUUAAAGAGUCUGAAAUCAAGCAUUUAGCUGACAGUAAGUCUGUUUUGAGCCAAGUUUCCUGUUUUCGUAAAGCUGGGAUGGAAACUGAUCAUUGGUACAAGCUCUUACUGAAGAUAUGGAUGCAAGAUGUUAGAGCCAAAGCAGCAAAGAGCGAGGAAAUUAUCCUUUCUAAGUAUGUUGCAGAACCAUCUCUUCCUCAAGAGCUGAAGGACUCCUUUUAUGAAUUUCAGAGGCGUGCUAAAGAAUAUGUUUCAUCUGAGACAUCUUCUACUCUCGCUCUCUUGCCGAAUUCUAGCUCUAACAAAUCUGACACAAUCACAGAGAUUAUUGCUCCUGUUAAUGCUAUAAAAAAGAGGCUUUUACGAUAUGGAUUGGCUACAUAUGAAGGGUAUGCCCGUACAACUUCUCUGCUUAUUUUACAAGAUAACACCCAGAUUAUUGACUGGUUUUCAGGUAUUGUUUGCCGUUGGCUUAGAUGGUAUUGUGAAUGUGAUAAUUUUAGUGAGGUAAAGCUCUUAAUUUCUGAUCAACUUAGGAAAUCUUGCAUUCGUACUCUAGCGGCAAAAUACCGGAUAUAUGAAAAUGAUAUAGAAAAGCGAUUUGACUCAGAAUUGAGUAGGAUUCCAUCUACUGAAGAAAUAGAGCAAGAGAUGGCCAAUGAGACAUCAGAUACCCAAGCUUUUGAUAAUGAUGAGGCUUUAAUGUAUGGGAUAUCUUAUAGUGGUUUGUCUUUACUUUCCCUAGCAAGAGUGGUGAGCGAGUCACGGCCUUGCAAUUGUUUUGUUAUGGGAUGUCCGUCUCCAGCACCAUGUGUAUAUACACUUCAUGUGAUGGAAAGGCAGAAGUUCCCAGGCUGGAAGACAGGGUUCUCAAGCUGUAUUCAUCCCAGCUUGAAUAGAAGGCGGAUUGGGUUGUGUAAGCAGCAUUUAAAAGAUUUGUAUCUUGGUCAAAUAUCACUUCAGUCCAUUGAUUUUGGUGCCUGGAAAUGAGUGCUUUUAGUGAAUACAUAUCGUUGAGCAGUGGAUACAUGGCCUGUUGAACACUUCUUGAUGUAUGUGGAAGCCAUUGAAGUAACAGAGGCAUUGAGAUGCUAAUAGUUUGCCCAUUUCAAAUUGUCAGCAUGGGAACAUCAGAUGUUUGACAAAUGUGGAAAAUUUUCAAACUUGAGUUAUUUUUUCAGACUCACUCUCAAUUUCACAAACUAAUUCCUCAACUUGGAGCUGCCAUCAAGUCACCUUACACCCAUAACCUCCAGGUCUCUUAUGUGCUUCCAAGUCCAGAUAUUGUUUUCUAUUUGAGAACUGUGAGGGUUCUACAGAAGAUGUGUCUUGGCCUUGUUUUUGUUGGUUCUGAUGAAGCCAUUCUGAGCUUCCUUUUCAAAAAUUUCAAUUUGAAGUGUUCCUCCUUUUGAAAGUGACAUUUACUAAAAGAAAUGCAUAUUUGGUUUUCGGGGAGCUUUGAUAUCAUGGAUGAUGACAAUGAUUUUAUCGUAUCUCCUCAAACAUUCUCAAGCUCCCUCUCAAGCUGAAACAUCUUCAAAAAAGAAGAAGAAGAAAACAUGAAAAGAUGAUAAAGAUAUGGAGCAAAAUAUGAUGCUAUUCGAUAUGUAGCUUUCAGUAAUUAGGGAAGGAAAUUUAGCAAUUAGAGAAGAAAAUUCAGUUAAUGACACAACAUAGGAAUUUAGGCAAGAUUGUGAACCACGUGCUAUCUCUAUAUCAAGAAUCCAGCCAAUAAGAGGUUUUAUUGGUUAUCCAAUAAAGAGGUGCAAGGAACUAUUAUAUAUAUAUUGAUGAUGCACAAAAAAUCGUUCGUGAACCAAUGGUCCAAAUGGAGAGCUUUAGAAGAAUUGCAAAGAUGAACACACUAUCGGAAAGCAUUAGUGUGGGGCCGGCCCAUCAGCCGAUGACUCUCCGAUGAGUAAGUCAGUACUCAUAAAAUCUUGAAGAACUCUAGAAGCAUAAGGGUAAGGAAAUUCCACUCAUACCUUAGAACAGAGGAGGUCUGGUGUUUAUAUGGUGGCCUAGAGUUGAUUGCGUUUCCAUAAUUUAGCCACUUUCUUUAUAGUAAGUGUGAUAGGAGGAGCGGAGUUAAUAGCACUGAGAUUCUCGGAGUUCACUUCCCAUGUUCAGAGGACACAGGUUGGUGGAUGGAUCUUUUGGUGUAGUGCGUAAGAGUUUUCAUAUGCAUAGACGUGGAGUGGAAGGCACACACUUGCAACGGAUGACUAAGGUGUCAUUGGUUGGCUGGGGUGCCAUCGGAUGGCUAACCUGAGUUAACCGCUCUUUGAUGCCCGAACUUUAAGUUGAGCUGAAUGUAGUAGAUAUCUGCUUGAAAACAAGGGAAUGUAGCUACACUUUGACAAUGAAUGUGCAUCAACUGCGUCUGGGGUCAGUCCCUUCUCUUUGUGAUUUCAUAUUUUGGUUUCAAUUAAUAGAAUGUAUUUUCCAACUUUUUUACUU